AUGAGUCGGGUGGUGCUAGACAAUUUGAAUAUUGAGGGCUUAAAAGAUAUCGCCAGGCAGCUAGAAUUAGAUACCUGCGGAACACGGGCGGUGUUAAUGAAGCGACUCACAGAUUAUUACGAAAGCCACGGUUGGCCAGAGCAAAUCACAGUAGCUGGCCCUAACGCGGCAGAUGAAAAGGAAACCGAAGAUACGAAUAGCGUAAUUCCAGACGAUCCACCUAUGUCGGCGGGUUCCCAACCAAUUCUUGUGGAAGAUAGAGCAUAUUUCCGCCCCGGGGAAGGCGCUGCAAGGUUCAACGAUCGGGCAGAAAAUUCUGCAUUCAAUACUCAAGAGAUUGCGCAAGCAGUGGCGCAGAUUCUCCAGUCGAAUUAUGAGAGACGUCAAUUAUCGGGUCUGUCAAGCGAUCCUUUUUCGCGAACGGUAUCCGGCGAAGGCGCGGAGCAGCGUCCGUUUUCGUCGCAUGAUUGGGGACGAAUUAAGUUCGCGGCGAAACUGAUACCAACAUUUUCCGGAAAGGAUGACGGGGUUGUCGAGCGCUGGAUCGAGCGAUGCGCAUCUAUUGCGCGACUGCACAGAAUAACGGACGACGUCUUAGUCACGGCGGCUAUAAACCAGCUAGCCGGCCGCGCUCGAAACUGGCUCCACCGUCAACCACCUGAAUCAGUCGUAACAUGGCCAGAUUUUAGCUUCCAGUUGCGGAAUUACUUCGAGAGGAAAGAGGCCAUUACGGAUACGAUCGCUAGGAUUAAUAGACGUUUUUGGAGGGCAAACUCGGAGAGAUUCGUGGACUAUGCGGAAGAUAAGCUGGACCGUAUGCAGUUCUUGCAAUUAUCGGAGCGCGAAAAGAUCGAGAUGCUAGCGGACGGAGUGAGAGACCUAACACUACGCCGGUUCGCGGUAGACAUGCAAGUUAGUUCAGUGCCGCAAUUCAUGGAGCGGUUUAGAAGGCUCGUAGGUGAUAGUGUGUCUCAGCGGCGAUUUGAAUCUAGAGAGGGGCGCCCCGGUGCAAGGCAUUCAAAUGCAAGUGCUCUUUCUUGCACGGGAUGCUACCAAAAAGGGCACAGUAUCCAGCAGUGCCGACACGUCGAUAUAACGUGCCACAGAUGCAAACAGAAAGGACACAUCAGCCCGAACUGCCCAAUCGGCAGAACAGAAGCGUCAACCAAUAGGAUCAAUCAUCUGGAGCGGCGGGAAGAAGAGGAGCCGGAGCAGACCACCCCUUCAAUGGAACAGCAGGCAGCGAAUAGCAGCGUUUGCGUGAUCGAGGAAAGAACUCCGUUGAUAAAAGUGAGAGGGCUAGAUUGUAAAGGUAAAACGCUUGUCGCGCUGGUGGACACGGGCAGCCCGGUGAGUCUUAUAAGAGAAUCGACUUAUUUGGGAUCCUUUCGGUCAAACAAAUUGUUACGCGUUAAAGAAAACUUGAAUUUGAAGGGUGUGAAUAAUUCAGUUAUCGAGUUUUGCGGGAAAAUACACGACCAAUUGUGCCUCGAGAAAUUGGCGGGUCACUGGUUUGAUGUUGCCUUGUUCGUUGUCAAGGAUAGUACGAUUGCGUUUGACAUUUUGUUAGGACGUGAUUUUUUCGACCAGUCUAAUCUACGUCUAUGCUAUCAUACGGGAGUCUUUGAAUUCGAAUCUCAAACACCGGAUAAGGAAAUAAAUUAUAUUUUCGGCAUAAAUGUAACAGAGAAUAAAGAUCGCGACGAUGUUAUCUUGGAAAAUCUUGAUCCAACUUUAGAUUCCUGUACUAGAGAAAAAUUGCUGGAUGUAUUCCACGAGUGUGAUAGUAGCGUCGUCGAACCCGUUCGAGACGACUAUUGCAUCAGGGUACAUUUGAAAGACAGUUCCUUUUUCCGGUACGCACCACGACGUAUGUCAGUUAACGAGAGAUUGGAAUUGAAAGAAAUAACGGACGACUUACUGGCUCGUAAUAUUAUUAAACCUAGCGUAUCACCCUACUGCGCGCGUGUAAUACUGGUAAAUAAGCGCAACGGGAAAAAACGUAUGUGCAUCGACUUAAGAUCCCUCAACCAACGAGUAGCCCCGCAGAAGUUUCCGUUUCCGAUUAUCGAAGAUCAAGUCGAUCAGCUUUAUGGAAAAAUUAUUUUCUCCAAACUCGACCUGUGA